AGAUAUGGACUACGACAAACUUCUUGGGAGAUGGACCACAAACAAACAGACGGUUACUUGUAAUAUGGAUAAAGUGGAAGAAGCAGACCAUAUACUCAAGGAACUGGCCGCACUGGAGUGCAUGAAGAAUAUUUCAAUAUCAACUGAAGAUUCGGCGCUAUUUGCGGCAAUAAACAGCGAUCAGAUGAACUGUAAUCGCUUGUAUUCUAAACUCGUAGACGACGCUUCGGAGAAUGGUCUAAACAACUAUCUUGAGGAGAGUUUAGAGCAAGUUUCCCAGGAUACGAGUGAAUUAGACACAAGUUUGUGGUCUUGCUCGUUGUCUGCGGAUAACCCUGAGUUACGCAGUAUUGUACUUCAGCAAACUCAAGACAUCACUUGGCUUACCAGAAGUGAACUAGGUCUAGCGUGCCCCAUAACAAGAGAGGAGUCAAAUCCCGACAUACCCACCCAAGAAAGAUAUCCUCACACCUCCAAUAAACGUCCAAGGACCUCGCCCCCUUCUCCAAUCCUCGACAAAAACUUAGCACGUGACUUAACAAAACCACGUGAGAUCAUCAGAGAAGAACGCGAAGUUGCCUCGAACGAAUCUACUACCCGUACUAUACCCCAAUUUUAUGGAAAAUCUCGACUCCCGGACAGACUGAAAAAUCGUGUUUAUCCUGGCCGAACUCGCUUGCAAAACUUGAGAACUUGUGAACAAAACACAGGGCAAACAGCUCCCAAUCCAUUUCAAUCUGCAAAAUCGAAAUAUGCUACUGAUUGCAUCAAACAGGGCAAAGAUAUCGACCCUUCUAUCAAGAAAUCGUUGGGCGGAAAAACCGCACAUUCGAAGGGUUACAAGCCUCCCGUAGCGUCAAAAGAAGAGGAGGAAGAGGAUGAGGAGUGGGAAGACGAGAGAAUGAAGGGAGUCGACAAAAAGUUAGCCAAACUCAUACUAAAUGAAAUAAUGGAUAAAGGAUUAACGUUAGGGUGGGACGAUAUAUCGGGACUAGAAUUCGCUAAGAAAACUAUCAAGGAGAUAGUAGUUUGGCCGAUGUUGAGACCUGACAUCUUCACCGGAUUGAGAGGACCCCCAAAAGGAGUUCUCCUCUUCGGGCCACCUGGAACUGGGAAGACGCUGAUCGGAAAGUGCAUCGCCUCCCAGUCGAAGUCUACUUUUUUCAGCAUAUCGGCGUCUUCUCUCACCAGCAAGUGGAUUGGUGAAGGAGAGAAGUUGGUGAGAGCUCUAUUCGCGGUAGCUAGAUGCCAUCAACCCGCCGUUAUCUUCAUUGACGAGAUCGACUCACUGCUUUCACAACGCUCGGAGAUUGAGCACGAGAGUUCCAGGAGAAUUAAAACAGAGUUCUUGAUUCAGUUAGACGGGGUGGCGUGUGAGACGGAGGAGAGAUUACUCAUUGUUGGAGCUACUAACAGACCUCAGGAGAUAGAUGAGGCAGCCAGACGGCGACUAGUGAAGCGGUUGUACAUACCCCUCCCUGACAAGCCAGCCAGGGCUGACAUCUUAGGGAGGCUUUUAACUCAGAUAAACCACUGUCUGACUGAUGAUGACGUCACGAGGGUGGCGGACCUCACGCACGGUUACUCUGGAGCAGACAUGACGUCACUAUGCAGGGAUGCAGCUUUAGCUCCCAUCAGAUCCAUAGCUGAUAUUGAGAACAUUAAUCCUGAUCAGGUACGAUCCCUGGAGCUCGCUGAUUUGGUGGAGUCUACUAGACGAGUCAAGUCGAGUGUAAACGAGAGUGAACUGGAACUGUAUCUGAAGUGGAACCACCAGUUCGGAUCGGGCAUUUAGUAAUAUUGCAGAUGACAUAUAGACGAAGAGUGGACGCUCUCAUCAUACUUCAUACUGUGUACUGGUAACUUCCAAGUGGUAACUUCCGAUCCUCGAAACUUCAAAACUGGUAUUGGUAAACAGAUAGUAACUGAUUUGGAACAACUCGAUUCAAAUACUGACUGCAAGUUUUAUUUCUGGUUAUCAAUCAAUGACAAUAGAUUAUCAUUUCCGAAUUUUUCAUAAGUCAAAGCGAUAAUCUUGAAAUAACAUUUUGAAUCUUAAGUCUCUUUUUCCUGUUUCUAAUUUGAAUCACAUUCAGUUAUUUUAUUCAUUUUUGAACU